AUGAUGGCUUUGAAGGCACGUUUGAUGCUGGAUUUUAAUGCCGAAAAGAUAGACGGAAUGGAAGGGUUGUCUACUCAAAGCCAGCGACAGUUUUGCGGUCCUGAAUUGGAAGAUGAAGACGAUGGCGAUGAUUUUGAGGUUAUCGGUAUGCAUGAAUCAGGUUCGGACAUCGACACGAAGGAAUCUCCCGCUUGUCUUGAUUUGUCCAAGGAAGCUGUGAAUAAUAUGCAAACAGAGGUGCCUUCUGAAGAGGGAGUUUCUAGUUUGUUGCGCUCAUUUUCUCUCAUUCAAUCGUCUGACUCCCACUUACUGUCAGAAUCUGGUGUUAUUAGUUUGGAGGGUAAUGUUCGCCAGAAGGAAGCGGAUGCUAACGAACUGAUCAGAAGGGGUACAAAUGAGAGGAAGGAGGACGCAAAUGAAGCACACAAAGAGCCGGAUUCACAAGUUGCAUUGGAUGAUCUAAAAAACCAGCUUGAAGAAGCUCAUAAGUCGAACCCAAGCUCUUCAGACGAAUUGGUUAUUCAGGGUCAGAAAUUGCAGCCGAUCUUGGAUGAAGAUGGCGAUUUCAAACAGCAUUUGGAAGAGGCGCACAAGCUCAACGCCGAGUUUGCGCAGAGGCUGCUUUUGAGCGACAACGAGCUGCGACGGAUCUCCGAUGAAGUUAAUGGUUUGAAACUUGAGCUGCACCAGAAAGAGCUGAGCAUUCGUGAGUUGAAAUCAGAGAAGAAUAAAGAUGAUUGCGAACUGCGCCAGAGCGAAGAAGAAAGAAGAAAGUUGGAGCAAAAAUUAAAUAUUCUUACUGAGCAGCUCAUCAAUGCGCCAGAUGCUAAUACGGAACUUCUGAAGCGAGAUUUAGGAUUGCUGAAGGAAAGAGAUAGACAGAUUUUGGAAGGUUUUGCAAAUAUGUACGACAGCUGCCCAACCGUUCUGGAAAUGUAUAAACUUGGACGUCUUCAAGAAGGAGGAGCGCGUGAUCUUUACUGCGAAUGCGAAAAGGUGUGGGAGAUAGUGAAGAAUCAAAGUGAGGAGUUAAAAAUUUUGAAGGAAACUCAUUUGAAGGACCAAACUGCGAUUAGAAUGUUGAAAUUUCAGCUGACGGAGGAACGGGACAGGAACGAAUUAUUAAGUCAGAAGAUAAAUUCAUUGCAGUGCGAGUUGAACAAUUUAAGAGAAAGAGAUAAACAAAUUUUGGAAGGUUUUGCGAACAUGUACGAUAGCUACUCAUUCGAAGCCGUAAUGUGUGAUCUCGAAUGUGCCCAAGAAACAGGAGAUUCUGAUAAACUCUACUAUGAGUGUGAGAAGGCGAGGAAAAUAUUAAUAAGGCAAAAUGAGUACUUGAAACUUCCUACCUCUGCUGCUGCUGCUGAAACUAUAAGGCUGGAGAAUGAAGUUAUAGAACUGCAGAGGAAGUGCCAAAAAGCUGACGAAGAGCAUAAAAGUCAAGAAUUUAUUAUUCAGAGUCUGAUCGAACAGUGCAAAGAAAACAUUACGACAGCGGAUCAAGAGCGGUCUCAACGGGAACAUGUGGAACGCACUUGCAGAGACAUAAUGGAGCACUUUGGAAUUGAAAGUUCUUCACUACCGUGA